UUUGCAUUUAUGUGCAGACGACACAAAAAAUAAACAUAGUACCUAAGACUGAAGAAGAAGAAUCAAGAAGACAGGAGAGGACGGAAAAUAAAAUUAAGUGAACUUCAGACUUUUGAUUUGGGAAUAAUUUUUCAAGAGAAGCAAUUUUCACAGGAAUGUGUUAAAGGUUGAUGGCAGUAAGCAAGUCACUUGCACUUCGCAGAUUUUUCAAAAGGUGGGGUGUUUCUAUUUUCUUCCCUACAUUUUACGGGACACUGAUUUUUGCAGACUACAAUCAUACACGCAAGUGGAAAUUGUCACAGCUGAAAUUGAAGCAGACAGAAGUAAUACUUAAUUAAAGAUGGCAAGAUUCACACUUUUUGGAAUGACUAAAGAGUAUUUACUUAUUGUAGUACCUAUGACUGGCUACUUCCUUGGCAAAUGGCUAGAUGACAUGGAAACUGAAAGAAUGACCAGGUUCAGAGACAAGAGCUCUCUGUUCUACAGAGAGUUGGCACCAGGCGAGAAGCCGUCAUGGCCCUGAGCUCUGUACUCACUUUAAUAGUAAACUCAUGAUGUAUCUUGUUGAAUUUAUGGAAGAAAUAAAAACAUUGUUUUCAUACUU